ACUUGGUAAGGGUGUCUGUAGACUGCACUUGCAUCAUGAAGUUCUUCAUUGCCUGUUCCUUUGUGCUGCUGAUGGGCAUGGCAGCAACCACCUCUGCCAAGGCACUGGCUCCCACCUCCAGCACAGAUGAAAACAUGGACCUGGAGUUGAUUGAAAAACUGGCCAGUAGACCUGUCUAUGAGGGCCCAUAUGAAGUUCCUGGUGUGAUGGUUGAUGACCCUCUGGUCCCUACCUUGACUAAUGACACAGAUGGAUCCAUUGGCAAGAGAGCCAAGAGAUAUGCCAAUUCCUUUGACGGUUUUCUCUAUUUCAUCUGCCCGUACACUGACAGCAUUUCAAGGAUUUCUAGUUAUCACAGCAACUCCUAUGAAGACAGACGUUUUAGUAUCAGCUGCAAAAGAACAUUCAAUUCUUACCCACGCUGCCAGGAGUCUGGUUGGGUGAACAAUUUUGAUGCACCUUUUUCCUACACCUGUCCCAGUAACUACGCAAUGACAGGCAUGAUCAGUUACCAUGAUAACCACUACGAGGACCGCCGAUUUUCUUUCAGAUGCUGCAAUGCCCCUGACCAUCGCCACACUUACUGCUACUGGACGGCGUAUCUGAACUGGUUUGAUCAGUUCUUCGAGUGGCUGGCCGACAGCCGCAGCUACCUUGCUGGAGUCUCCUCCUACCACGACAACAAUGCAGAGGAUCGUCGCUUCAAAUUCUAUGUCUGCAUAAAAAUCUGAAGAUUGGUGGCAGUCUCCGUUAUUCAACUCAUCAUAACAUUUUCUCAUUGAUAUGCAUACUCGCUUUCAAAAUUAUAUUAUUUCUGAUUGUUUAGACUUUAGUAGAAAGACCUGACUAUUGCUAGGAGUUCCAGUGUUUGAAAUCUAAACUAAACUAUAAAACAUCCAUUCACCCCCAUCCAGACAUUUUAGGCCUACAAUGGUUUUAAUAGAAAUUGAACAGAAUCCGUCUCUGGAUUUGAUUAUCUUGUAUAUAUGUUUUUUGAAAAUCGAUUCAAAAAUCAAUAUUCAAAAUGAUUUAAUGCAAUAGUUUAUUUAAUAGUCAUUGAGAUUGAAAUUGUUUAAUUGAUUUGAAUUCAAUUUAAUUGAUCAUAUAAAUCGUUCACAUUUAUACCAAUAGCAAUGAUAAGCCUGACAAAGUGGAAGAAUAAGUUCUGAUUUAAACUUACUUACUGUACUAUGUGUAGGCCCCUUACUUACUGUAUCUG